UCUUCUUGAAGGUCACAUUUUUGUAGUUUCUCAAAUGGGCAAGUAUAUGUUAGUAAUGGUUCAUGUUAUUUAGAUGUUGCUCAAUGUGACCUUGGAUACAUGAAGUACCCCUGCGAAUUCAUUUCGGCAAUCACAACUUAAUCCUCUAUUAUGUUUAUGCUAUCUGUAUUUUUUUGUUGUAAAAUAUUAUAGCUUUUAUAGCUACUAAAACUUGCAAUGUGAUCUGAUGAUGGUAAUGUGUAGGAACCAAUUCCUGUCACUCAACUUGUAAGGGAAAUUGCUGCUGUUAUGCAGGAAUUCACACAGUCAGGUGGUGUAAGGCCUUUUGGUGUUUCACUGCUGGUUGCUGGCUUUGAUGACGAGGGUCCACAACUAUAUCAGGUGGAUCCAUCAGGUUCAUACUUCUCUUGGAAAGCCUCGGCCAUGGGAAAGAAUGUGUCUAAUGCAAAGACAUUGCUUGAGAAGAGGUACACAGAUGAUAUGGAGCUUGAUGAUGCUGUCCACACAACAAUCUUGACUUUAAAGGAGGGAUUUGAAGGACAGAUCUUUGAAAAGAACAUUGAGAUUGGCAUAAUUGGCACUGAUAAAAAAUUCAGGCAAGUUAUCCUUUUUCUUGGUGUUUGA